AUGGACGCGUCUUCGACAUCCNCCCUGUUGCGUCCAUCGUCUCCUGCGCCAGACGUGCCUCCCUCGCUAGCCCUCUGCCCCAGUGGCUGUCCUUCGCUGGAUGCUCGUUCCGACCGAUCCGUGUCCACGCCGUCAACAACAUCUAGCAGAUCCCUAUCCUCGUCGUCAGCUCGCUCAGAAUCAGGCCGUCGCAAGAAUGGUUACAUGCGACCACAGGGCACCGCCUUCUCCGACUCGGCCCGCAAUCGCGACAGUGUCAUGAGCUUAGGAAGCAUCGCUCACAUGCAGUACUACUUUGCUCGUACUGGCCUUCUCGAUGGCAAGGGUGCUCAAUUUGCGAAGCCAAAGAAAGGCGUCAAACAACUGGAUACCAACAUUGCCAUCUAUACCACUUCAGAGGAUGGUUUGGUCGAGAGCCCAAGAGACGCCAACGACGAAUGGUCAGAGCCUGUCAUGCUACCACCGACCGUCUCAACAUACGCCUACAAAGAGCCAAACGUACAACCACCACCAGAGCUCCCUAUGCUCCGUCGACAGCUUCGCGAAGCCCUGGACGAUGCUCAGAAAGUACUCGAUGAGUCGGCCGAAGGCGUCACUUAUGACGAUGCUACUCGAGAAGCGAUUGUCGAGUCCGUACGAGCACCUACAAACCCUGAUGAGCCUCCGAUCGCUCAAGGUUGGCACGAGAUUAUGGGUCUCCACCUUCUCGACAUCAUCACCCUGGCUAUUCGUGCCGCAAAGACUUACUACACAUCACACCCACGCCCUCAGCAACUCUACGCCAUCCAGUCGGAGCGCAAGAUUCGCGGAGACCUGUACGAAGUCCUUGAUGUUCUAAAACGUGCAGCCGCCAGAGAGUUUCGUGGAGGCAUCAAAGAGGAGGAAAGAAAUGGGAUAAAAUCUUGGAUUGAUACCAUCAAUGACCUGAUGUCAAAAGAGGUGUCCCACGAACAAGGAGAGCAGGAUUCUCGAGCCAAAUGCGCUUGGCGUCACGGAGACUGGACUGAUCGGGAGCGCGAAAGAGAGUGGCUUUUCAUGUCCUCCUUCGACACCGACCCAAUGCCCCUUCCUCAAUGGACCGAAUCUACUCCGGAAGAACCUUCCCCAUUCUUGCAAGCUCUCCAGAGUGGCCUGCGUUUGGUGAAACUUCACAAUGAGAUGGUCCGCCAUUCUGAGCGACCAUUUGGCGAGAUCAAGACUUUCUUCACAGACGUAGCAAAGCCAUAUCGAUGCGCAGAAAACUUGCGCUUUUGGUCAAAGGCUGCAGAGCUUCGAUGGGAGACGAAUCUAUCUUUCAACGUGCUCCAUGUUGUACACGGCAAGGAUGCCGAUGCUUGGAAGCAGUUUGACGAAACUAUCUUCAAGUGGUGCCGUGGAGUGCGUGAGGAGAUUUCCAAAGAGUGGGCAGAGUCCGAGUGA